UCGCUGCGGUCGUCGUGGUUCGGGAAAUGUGACCGCUUCGAAACUUGUUGGUUGUCACGUGUCAUUCGUGCCCCGUCAGAAUUCCCAGUUUCGCGAUACUUCGAAUCGUAAUAACGAUUUCUAAUGUUUCGAAACGAGACGUGAUCGCAAUUUACGAAACUUCUUACCAAGUGUCGUGUCAAAAUAAGGUUGUUUAGAUCUAAAUAGAAACAUCCAAUUGUAAAUUAAAUUCUCGCAGUCCAAACGAUAGAAAGAUUCUCGGAAAGGAACGUUCGAAUAUGAAUUAUAUAAUUUUCACAUUUUAUAAGUUAUGCUAGCACGUUAUCUUUCUUUUCCUUUUUGCGCUCUUUGCUCAACCACGUUCAGAAAAAGCACCGACGAAACGUAUCCCUUUGAUCGUUACGAUUCCAAAUAUUUCAUCGAUUGGUCGAAAAAUUGAAAAUUUCGGACGUAUGUCGGCAGAUUCGGUAGUUGUCAAUUUGGAGAACAGAAUUUAUUUGCGAAAAUGUGUAAAUGGAAAUUUCGCUGAAAUGGAAAGGAAUGUAUCAUAUUUGUACAAUUUUUCAUUUAUAAAAGGAACAAGUGACUAAUUAUUUUCGUAAUAGUAGAAUAAAAAAAGGAAAAGCACAGUACUAUUUCUUUUUAUGUCAGUAAUAUAGAACGCUUUUCAUUACAAUUUUGUCAUUCCUCUUAGUUUUAUUCGUUUUUCAUUUGAUUUUUAUUCGAUAUGACUGUUAAAAUCGAGGUUACGAUUAUGAGGAACUGUCAACGUUCAUCGUAACAGUUCUGGAAGUGAAAAUUAGUGAGAUGUUAAUAUUCUUAGGGCAAGUAGUUUCAUAAAGUCCGUUUAUGUGUUCCAUUUACAUGCACGAUUAAACAAGACGAGGAUGCAAUUAGAUUUCGAAUAGAUUUUCAUAGCGCGUUAGUUAAUCGAUGUUAACUGAUCGUAGCAACGUACAUACUUGAGAUGCUUCGACCUAUAUUCCAUGUUUAUAGGAGAUAAAUGGAACAGUCACACAAAGAGGUAACAGGGCGAAAGUAUAUUACACUCGACAAUAUAAUUGCUUCUAAAAUAAGGAAAGAUUUGAUAGUAAAUUGAAAACGUUUUGCUCUUUUUAUUACGAUCGUUUCAAACGUUAGUACCACGUAAUUUCAUCCUUUGAUCUAUAUUCACGAACUCUUCGUUUCCAAUAAACUGCGAUAAUUCUCGUAAAUCGUUAUACGAUUCUAUUAGACGGCGUGCGAUCAAACAGUCCAUUUAAAUUAAAGACACGUUCGUAGCAACUUGAAAUAGGAGAAGACGAUUAUAAUGUACGGUAGGUUAAGUUAACAAUUUUAGGCAGCUUUUUCGGGAGGAACGUCCGAAAUUGGAAUUUUUAAAACACGAAUCGAAUAUACGUAUGAUGUAUGAUACUAUUCUAUUCUAUUAUUUUUUGCAAGUGUACCAAACAGUUUGUUUACCUUGCCAUUACAAAAAUGUUCACUUUCGCAUCAAAGAAUUCUAAAUUUCAUGAAACGAUCCUAUAAUUUUCAUUAAACUCUCAUAGUGCUCGUUGUCCUCUGUUACUAUCAAUAGUCAAUAUGGUCAACUCCCCUCGUUAUUGAUUUUUUAAUUUCGUUAUGUACGCGAUUAAUGAUCAAUUCUCGAGAAACGAAUAAUCUAUUUCUCUAAGAAUAUGACACGAAUAAUAGGAAAUUUCGGAAACAACGUUUGCAAUAUCAUUGCUUGUACUUUUCUAUUGAAAGAAUUGAUCAACAUGGUUUCAGAACAACUUAAAUGAUACACUUACAAGCGACAUCUACUUAUUCAUUCAUUAUAUUAUAUUACAUUAUUAUAUUAUUAUAAUCGUACCUACUAUUUAUUCAUCCAUUGCGGAAACAUAAGAAACGUUUCUUUGUUAGCACUGAAAAUAUAACUAGAUAUAUUGUCAGAAAAACGCAACCUACUUAGUUGCCUUAACGCGACCACAGGGGUUCGAAGGAGGCUGAGCAUAUUAAAUUGGAAUCGGCCGUCUCGAAGGAAUGACAAGUACGUGGUCAAGACGAAAACCCUCGCGCACCGUGGGUGGGACGACUGAUUACCGGUUCGGCUAGAAACUUUCUGCUUGCAAAGAACUACUUGGCGGUCACGAACAAGCAGUUUAUAAUGUCACAUAAUACCACCGCGUCAACGAAAUCCACGGUUACCUGCGAGUUAAAGGAAACCGUAUCCAACGGUCAUUCAACGUGGCCGGCGUUCCUCUUACGAUCCCCUAUGGAUUUUCUCCGGUUAUCAUCGACGUCGAUCGGGGAAUUCGGUACCGUAAUUGACGUCUCGAAUUCGCGAAUUUUCGUUGGUCCGAUCGUCAAAUUACCGACGUAAGAAGGUUACCGACCAAACCGUUCCGAUGACACCGAGACGUUCGGUAAUACGUUUCACUGUUAACCGUGACACGUACCCUUCGCCUGUAAAUAUGUAACACUGAGAUGCGCGUUCGUUGUGUGGAAAUUGUGGCGCGAUAGAGUGUGCGAGUGUAUUAUGUGCGCUUAACGUAAAAACGCAAGUGAGAGAGUAAAGUGGAUUCACAAAGGAUAAAACAGACACACGAUGGACAAUCGACACUAACAGAAGCAUCAUCGCACGCUCGUGUGACAGGAGGCUGGGCAAAAUACACGGUUGAAAAUUGUUCCUGGCGCAGCAAGGGACAAAAAUGUUGUCCACGGUGUCCAGUGUCCCGCUUGAAUUAAAUUCUUCAUGUUGUACAACCGUUACUGGAAACAACGGUCUCAAUGCGUUAUCGGUGAUCAAGACUGAAAACACCACUGAUCUUUACAUGUUACCGGCUUACAUCCGCACGACGUCCAUGAUCGCCUGUAUUGUGGUGAUGGUUCUUGGCAUAAUAGGAAAUCUCAUGGUACCGAUCGUGGUGUUUCGAGGUAAAGACAUGCGGAACAGCACGAACAUCUUCCUGGUGAACCUUAGCGUGGCCGACCUCUGCGUUCUUUUGAUCUGUACACCAACCGUUCUUGUCGAGGUGAAUUCUGGACCUGAAAUCUGGCUGCUUGGCGAACACAUGUGUAAAGCGGUACCAUUUGUAGAAUUGACUGUGGCACACGCUUCGGUUCUAACGAUCUUGGCGAUCAGUUUCGAGCGGUAUUAUGCAAUUUGCGAACCCCUACGGGUUGGGUAUAUGUGCACAAAGGCCAGAGCGACGUUUCUUUGCUUCGUUGCGUGGGUUGCGGCGGCGCUUUGCACCAGUCCCAUAAUCUGGGUCUCUCAGUACCAGGAGAUGCGUGUGAAGGAGAACAAGAACGAUCAAGACGCGAGGAACUUUGUUCCAGUCUGUUUGACGAUGGCCGACAGUAGCGCCACUGUGGUAUUCUUCUUACUUCUGGUCCUCGUCUUCUAUAUAGCGCCACUGCUGAUCCUGCUGAUCCUGUACACUUUCAUCAUCAGGCAAUUGAUGCCAAAUCCCAGUAAUACAAGCGACCCUUACCAUACCAGAGCAAAGAAGCACGUGAUUACAAUGUUAUUAUCGGUGGUUAUCAGCUUUUUCAUCUGUCUGUCGCCAUACAGGAUUCUGAUCUUUUAUAUAGUGAUCGCACCGGCAGAACAAAUUGCCGCCAUUGAUCGAGACACGUUCUUCGCUUUUCUUAACUUUAGCAGGAUCAUGUUCUAUCUGCACAGCGCCAUUGAUCCGAUAUUGUAUAAUUUAAUGAGCAGUAAGUUCAAAAAAGGAUUCUUGGAAUUAUGCAGAAUGAAGAAGUGUGCCAAGAGACGAUUAAGGAGCAAUAUGACCGGAACUAGGAAAAUUGAUAUUAGCGAACAGGAAGAGAACUUCGUGUGAUACUUUCUUAUGUAACCAGCAUGCUGUUUUUACUGUACAUUUACGUUUUCAGUCGGCAUUAAUUAGAGAGCGUGAUAUCAAUUACAGUAUUGUAAACAGCUGUUUAUGUGAAUGUAUUAAAGAACGGUAUUUUUCGAACAAAUAUUGUAUUGUUGUGAUAAGAAUUUUUAUGUACUUUUUAUAUGUUACUGACCGAUAGUAACCUUUUUCAAAUACGAUUAAGAAUAUUUAAUAAUAACAUUCCAUGUUUCUACUCCAAAUGAAAUUACUGUAGUAAAUUUAUAAAAAUAUUUGGAAAAUAAAACCUAAGAAAGAUAUACUGAUAUGUUACCAUAUA